AUGGCUCUCCAGCUCAAGGUCGGUGCCAGAACUACUGAGACUGUCGCAGCUGUUAAAAACCUAGGUUCUGACAUUCUCCAAUAUAUUACCAAGAAAAAUAUCAAGGACAGUCGUACAAGCUCCAUCGAUACGCAAACCACACUUUCUAUUAAUAAAGACAACUGGGGAUCCCACGAUGACCGGAUGACGACUUUACGAUGGACAAUAUUUGUUACCAAACGGAAUCUACACUGUACCAUUAAAGAAAAGCUACUGGAAACAUUUGCCGAGCUAAUUACACAUUGGCAGAACUACACGUCCACAACAUCAAACACGAUCAACGCUGAGGCUGGCUUCCAUAUUGAACAUUUUGGCAUCGGAGGGUCCUUCUCGCAUGAGACGGGAAGUGUUCGUUCUCGACAAAUGAUGGAUGAAUCCGUGACCACAAAGGUUCAAAUGAGGUAUGUUCGAUAUUCUGCUAAACUUCAACCAGACACGGCCUUUAAUCCGAAAUUCAAGGCGAGGUUGUUGACAAUUUCAACACUGAUAGCAAAAAACGAAACAGACAUGGCCCGUUACGAGAGCCAGCUUCUUGUUCGGGACUUCGGCACUCACGUCAUCACCAGUGUAGAUGCCGGGGCUGUGCUUGUCCAACAAGACCAGAUAAAAACCACAUAUGCUCGUUCGUACAGCAUGGACAUGAGUAAGGUCCUUGUCUCCGCAAGUGCUUCAUUCGAAAGUGUUUUUCGUAUCAAAACUGGCAACAGCCAUUCGACGUCGAAUGAAAUGAUUGACCAGUAUCUUAGUAACAGAACACAUUCUGAAACAGAUACCAUUGGUGGGUCAGUGUUCCAACCACAGAACUUUAGUCUGAGUGACUGGGCCGAAAGCGUCGCAGAGAAUUUAGUGGCCGUCGACCGAGCUGGAGAUCCACUGCACUUCGUUAUCACUCGAAUGGCCUUACCAGAGUUACCCUCGUCUGUAAUCAACGAACUUAUCAUACAUGUAAAAAACGCCAUUAAUUUGUACUACAAACAUAACAUUUACAAGGGAUGUACCAAUUACGACUCACCCAAUUUCAGUUUCCAAGCCAACGUUGAGGACGGAAGUUGUCAGAGCUUCUCGAACAACUACACGUUUGGCGGAGUGUAUCAAAAAUGCUUCAUAUCAGAAAACAUGAAGUCUGACACGUGUGCUGAUCUCCGACAGUUGAAUCUUUUGACAGGUGAAUACUCUUGUCCUGCGAACUAUGAGGCGGUUAUGAUUGACAAAGGGAUUAAACGUACGCCAAAUACAGUAAAUCGAUGCCAUGACUGUGGAUUUCUUUGGUUGUCAACAUGUUGUAAAGAUUACGCGGCUUCCCAAACAGCGUUAUACUUAGGAUAUUGGUGUGUAUCUAAAGGUAAAGUAUCGGCCAACACCGGCUAUCUGUUUGGUGGACUGUACACAAGCACCAUCGGAAAUCCAUUGACGGGUGGCCGAAUCUGUCCUCCGUACUUCUACGCUUUGAAAGUCAGUAGUAGCUUGCGAGUUUGCGUCAGUGAUGAUUACGAACUUGGCUUCCGUUACUCUGUGCCUUUCGCGGGAUUCUUCAGUUGUAGAACUGGAAAUCCUCUGAAGCUGACGUCAGACGAAGAGGUUAAACACAGACGUAGUAACACUAACAUGUUUGUUCUGAAAACUUUCCUGAAAAGCGCUGGGCCUUCUCAUUGGCCAAGAGGCUGUCCGACCGGUUACAGCGAGCAUAUGGCUGAUGUUGCAAAUGGAUGCGAAAUAUCCUACUGUAUCAAGGCCAACGCUUUGAGUGGACAUGGCCUGCCGACUAUCAUACGACCUCCGUUUAUGGAAAUUCCUAUUGAUGGAUUUUCGGAUAAUUCCAGUUAUAAAAUAAGCGAGGACGGUAUGGAAUGGGAGAAUAUUGAAGGAUCCGUGGAAAGUCAGAAGAGCGACAAAAAGACAGUAAGUGUGGCAGGAGUUGUGGCAGGUAGCGUCAUCGCGGCAGUAACACUGAUUGUAAUCAUCAUCGCUUUUAUAUUAUUAGGUCGCGUAAAAGUCCGAAAUUCGCGGCGUCCCACGUCCGAAUCUCGUCGUAAACAAUCGGAUCCUCCUAGCCCAAAUAUAUAUGUACUGAACAAGUCUCCCAGUGGAAACACUGAAGUAUAG